AUGUCCAACACCUCCAUGGCCACACACCUCCUGGGCAUGGUCCUCCCGUCCGAGAUCAUGGACCAGAUCGAGACCUACCUCCUGCACCCGCAGUCGCCCUUCCAGACCUACAAGCAGGUCGCCCUCACGCACGCCCAGAGCGCGUACGACGCCGUCUACCCCCACGUCGAGCCGCUGAUCGAGAGGCUGCUCGAGCUGGUGGCCGACAACCAGGGGUACACGGGGCUGGUGGUGGCCGUGGCCGUGGCGACGGCCGUCUUCGUCGUCAUGAGCUGGGUGCACAGGCUGAUGAUGUGGUGGACGCGGGUGAUGGCGCGCCUGGCGCUCUGGGGCGUCGUCGCCGCGCUGGUCGCCUUCAUGUGGUCCCGCGGGCCGGAGCAGACCGUCAGGGACGUCGUGGUGGUCAUCAGCAAGGUGAUGGGGUUCGGCGCGGCGGUCAAGGACAUCUGGCUGGAGGAGUACCGGCAGUACGAGAGCCAGCAGCGGGCUGGGUCCGCGAGCAGAGCCGCCCAGCGGUGA